CUAAGAUCCCGUUACCUCUCCCUGGAGGCUGAGAGUGGACUCUUGGGGCCUUUUUAUUCCUUGAAGGUAGCACGGCGUUGUCUGCUACACCCUCAGGAGGGCAGCUGGGAAGAAAAAAAGACACCCCAAAUUCAGCCACUUCAUAACACCUCCCCCAUUCACAUAACCUUAAACUGUGUCAAGUCAAAGAAAUUUGGGCAAAUCCUUACCAUGUUUUUGACAGCAGUAGACCCACAGUCAUUCUCUACUCCAAGCUGGAAGACUGAGGCCAAGUAUUCAACCCGAGUGCUCACUGGAAACUGGGUGGAAGAGAGGAGGAAGUUCACCCGAGCCACUGAGAAGACACCACAAAGCAUUUACAGAAAAGAGUUUGUCCCCUUUCCAGGCCACAGACCAGACCAGAUCUCCAGGUGGUAUGGGAAGAGGAGAGUGGAGGGCCUCCCGUACAAGCACCUGCUCACCCACCACCGGGAGCCCUCGCACCGCUAUCUGAUCAGCACGUACGACGACCACUACAACCGGCACAGUUAUAACCCGGGCCUGCCCUCGCUCCGGACCUGGAGUACGCAGAAGUUGCUGUGGCUGCCGGAGAAGUCCGACUUCCCACUUCUCGCUCCCCCUACAAACUAUGGCCUCUAUGAGCGGCUGAAGCAGAGCUGGCUUGCACUGGAGGCCGGCCCCCAAGAGAGCACUUACACUUCGGCCUUCCCCAGACCACCGCGAUGUGCCAUGUCCCGGCGGGAGCAUGCAAUCCCUGUCCCGCCACCUCGCCUGCACCCUCUUCCACGCUUCUGAGAAGUGCCCCGGCCCCACUGGCAGCUCAGCAGAACCAGCUGGAGGCCUGCAGUGUCAUUCCAGGCCUGCUGGACAGUGAGUGGCUA